AUGAUCGCUCAAACUGUCUUCGCCACCGCCCUCAUCGCCUCUGUUUCAGCCGGCUGGGAAUCCAAGACCGGCUCCUGUAACACUGGCUCUAUCCAGUGCUGCGACCUCAACAAGAAGGCUCAAUCCAGCACCGGCAAGAACGACGCCCUCAUCUCCACCGGUGACAUUGCAUCCCAAGUCGGUGUUCAAUGUGAUCAGGUUCCACUCUUAAUCGGAAUUGCAGUUGAGGACGAGUGCAAGAACACCCCAGUCUGCUGCGAGGGCUUCGACGAUGAGUCCGCCAUCGGUUUGGGCUGUGACGCUCUCCCAAUCGUCUAG